GUACGUGUCUGUAUGUGUGUGUGAGUAAGUGCAAAGCGAAAACAGCCGCAGUAGAAGCAUGCACAAUGUUUGUAUUUUAGCACAGAUUUAUCAGUAAUGAAUGAAUUGUGUCGUUUUCUAAGCAGAAGUGUGUAAAUAAUAGUUUCUCUGUCUGUUUGUCUGUCUGUCCGUCUGUGUAGUGGCCCAUCGGCAGUUUUGCCACUCUACACAAUUCGUGGAAUUUCCAUAAUUAGUCGGAUUAUUAUCAUUAAAAUAAUCUCAAAUGAAAAUUGGUCUGCCAUCAGGACAACAAAGAAUGAGAGAUUCCACGAAAAAUCGAUUGUGCUCCGCAAAGUAAAAUAUUAAAUACAUAUUUGUGUAAAAUUAGGAGAUAAAAAAAGGUGUUUUAUUUUGUGUGUCCGGCUGAACAAAACUAACUACAGAAACAUACGCUUUCGUAGAAUAAAAGAAAAUCAGCACCAAUGUCAGAAGAAAAUAAUCAUAUCAUUAAAAAGCAGAAAACAUGUCUUCAAGUCGCAACGAAUGUUGUUGAACAGAAACACCAUGUUACUCGGGAGGUGCGAGGACAGAAUCUUGGUAUUUGCCGUGGCUUUCGCGGAUGCACGGUAUGGCUGACAGGCUUGAGUGGAGCUGGAAAAACGACGAUUGCAUUUGAACUCGAAGCAUUUUUGGUGUCCAGAGGUAUUCCUGCCUAUGGCUUAGAUGGCGACAACAUUCGCACGGGAUUGAACAAAAAUCUCGGCUUUAGCCAAUCAGACCGAGAGGAGAACAUUCGACGAGUUGCCGAAGUGGCAAAACUUUUUGCCGACAGUGGCCAAAUUGCUAUUUGCAGCUUUGUCUCACCAUUUGCCGAUGAUCGGGAGAUGGCACGGAAAAUUCAUAAGGAUGCCGAUUUGAAAUUCUACGAAAUAUUCGUCAAUACACCAUUGAAUGUAUGUGAGGUGCGCGACGUUAAGGGAUUGUACAAGAAGGCUCGAGGUGGAUUAAUUGAAGGAUUCACUGGAGUAUCACAGAAAUAUGAAUCGCCCGAAAGCCCCGAUUUAGUCGUAACAACCGUAGAUAUCUCAAUUCAGGAGUCAAGAAAUCGCGUUAUCGAUUUUCUGGAGAAGGAAAAUAUCAUUCCACGGAAUUUGCGUGAGAUUGAAGUUAUUCCCGAAUUAUUUGUGGCGUCAGAACGACGAGAGGCGGUAACGUCUGAAGCGAAUACAUUGCCACGUUUGGAUAUAUCCACCGUUGAAUUGCAAUGGUUGCAAAUAUUGUCGGAAGGUUGGGCGUAUCCAUUGAGUGGUUUCAUGCGUGAACAAGAGUAUCUCCAGGUGUUGCACUUCGACUGCAUUCGCAAUGAGCAUGAGCCGUCGAUACGUGAGAAUCAAUCGGUUCCAAUUGUUCUAUCAUGUACGGAAGCAGACAAAAAGCGUUUUGGCGAUUCAAGUGCAAUUUCCCUAUUUUACAACGGCAAAGCCGUUGCAAUUCUACGCAAGGCCGAAAUUUAUUAUCAACGAAAAGAGGAGCGUUGCUCACGUCAAUUUGGAACGAACGAUCGUGGACACCCUUAUAUCAAAAUGAUUUACGAGUCCGGUCCGUACUUAAUCGGUGGCGAUUUGGAGGUAAUCGAACGAAUUCGAUGGAAUGACGGUCUUGACGAAUAUCGCCUAACACCGAAUGAGUUGCGUGAAAAAUUCAGGGAAUUAAAUGCUGACGCCGUAUUUGCAUUCCAAUUGCGAAAUCCCAUUCACAAUGGGCAUGCAUUACUAAUGAGAGACUGUCGUCGACAAUUGCUCGAACGAAACUAUAAGAAUCCGAUUUUAUUGUUGCAUCCAUUGGGUGGCUGGACAAAGGACGAUGAUGUGCCGUUAGAUGUUCGCAUGAAACAGCAUCAGGCGGUGCUUGAUUCGGGCGUUUUGGAACGAGAACACACCGUGCUUGCCAUAUUCCCAUCACCCAUGAUGUAUGCCGGACCGACCGAAGUGCAAUGGCAUGCAAAAUCGCGCAUGAAUGCCGGUGCCAAUUUCUAUAUUGUGGGCAGAGAUCCUGCCGGUAUGCCACAUCCAAACAAAGAAACAUAUCCAGACGGUGAUCUAUACGAUGCAACGCAUGGCCAACGAGUUCUUCGAAUGGCACCCGGUCUUGACAUGCUCGAAAUCAUUCCGUUCCGCGUUGCAGCUUACGAUAAAACCACAUCGCAAAUGGCAUUUUUCGAACCAAAACGAAAGGACGACUUUGUAUUCAUCUCAGGCACGAAGAUGAGAAAUUUUGCUCGAACUGGUGAACUACCACCAGAUGGCUUUAUGGAGGCAAAAGCGUGGAAAAUUCUAGUUGAAUAUUAUCAGAGCGUAGCAAACAAUGCGUCAUAACGCAAAACCAGCAGAUUAAAGCUUCCAAGAAAAUAGGACGACGAUGAUGAUGACAACGAGAAGGCACAUAUUUUUGCAAUUUAUUUUUCUCAAUUUAAAAUGAUCGAACAACCAGCAACAAAUGUUUUAAAUUUUAUGGGAUAAUUAUUCAAUUUUUUUUUUAUUUAUUCAGAUCAACAGUUUUUUUAUUGUAUGUAUAUUCGUAGAAAAUAAUAGAAAUUUAUUUUAUUUGAUUCGUUACGAUAUUCUUUUUGUGUUGAAGUUUUUUUUCGACUUCAUUAAUGGUCAACUACAAUAAUAAUAAAUGUUCAAAAAUAUAAAAAAAA